ACUAAGCACUAAUUAUCUCAUAGAGGUGUCCAGUGACUUCCCUCGUUAAUUACUUUGGCCCUUUCACUCUACCAUUUACUUGUAACAGUCAAGGCUCGAGUGUUUCUAUAUAAACUCUCUAAGGUUCACUCUCACUUCUCAUCACAAACACAAGCAAAUCAAACCACAUUCACUCUUUAAUCUUUCUCCUCUCUAACCUAUCAAUGGCUACCAAACCAACUUUUAUGGUUAGCUUCACUGUGGUGCUCAUGAUAAUGGUGGUUUCUUCCACAGUGACUGCACGACCUCUUAUGAAACCAACCGUGGGUGCACCUUCUCCUUCCACAAGCCUUGUCUACCGUCUUAGGCUUGAUGAAGAAACAGGUUACUGCUGGGACUCAUUGAUGCAGCUCCAACACUGUUCAGGAGAGCUGAUCUUGUUCUUCCUCAACGGUGAGACUUACAUUGGUCCUGGGUGUUGCAGUGCUAUAAGAACCGUGGGACGCAAGUGUUGGCCUACUAUGAUUGGUGUUCUUGGUUUCACUGCUCAAGAAGGUGACAUGCUCCAAGGUUACUGUGAUGAUGAACAUGACGAACAUGCUCUUGCCUUCUCGCCACUUCCUCCUUCCGUGGGAUUCAAGCAUGCUACGGUUGCUAGAUCUUCUAACCCUUGAACGCUAGAUUUACAGUCUACGUUUUCUUUCUUUAUAAGAGAAAUGAUUAUCUAAUGUAACUGGAGAAGGCUAUUGAUGAAAUAGCUUCUCUGUUUUUACUCGUUAAUAAAAAGGAGAUUACUCACAACGAAGUUUUGCAAAUCUUGUUUUCUUCUCAAAUCUAUACAUACAAUUCUCCAUGCUUAGAUCAAUGAAUAAUCAAAAAAAAUGUUACUAGCCGUAAGACCUGGUGAGG